AAAGUUGUCUUUUUGGAGUGAUAGAAAUGUAAGCAUUGAUAACUGAAAUUGCUUAGCAACCAAUCUAGUAUAUAAGCGGCAUAAAAUUGUUGUCUUCACAGUAUGUCCUCUGACUACACGUCGAAAACGUCUAUUGUCCGUGACGAGCUGCCAGAAACACAUUCUGGUCCUUCGACCGUGUAAUGAAAGAAAAGCAGCUGCUGUGCAAGAUGUACCUGCUGUGGAGGGCCAGUACAGAAAAGGGACGACGAAGGAGGUAUCAGAUACAGUCUCCAGCGCAGUUUCCACGACAUGAAGCAAUGCGAGGAAUUAUGUUGACCAGCAGAGAAGGAACCUGCCCCAUGACUGCAUCCAGCAUCAAAAUGAAACCAACUAGCAAGCGUUCAACUGAAUACAUGACAAAACUAAAGCGAGGAGAGUUUUCAGAACAGAGGAUAAUGGGAGUGUCUGUGUCAGCUAUGGCUGAAACAGUAUCUGCAUCCACCUUUAAUCACACAAUGCCAGGCAGGGCACCAACUGAAUAUGCCGAGAAGCAAUCAGAAGGAGAGAAAGUUUAUCCUCAUUAAUGUCUAAAUAUAAACACAUAUUGAGUUACUUUUUCUGAUGUAUUGGUGUUUUCAAGUUAAUUACAGGUGAACAGGUAUACAGUAAUUAUGUGCACUUUCCUAAUUUUAGUUAUGUAAAUAAUUAUCUGAGCUAAUAUAAGUAGUUAAGAUGUUUAUGAACUUCAGUACAUGAUUCUUUAAGGAACUCAUAUGGAAGGUGUACCAUCUACUGUAGCUGUACCAGUAUUAACCUGGUUCUCAUAGUCUCUCUUCAGUAGCAUCCCUUUUGAUUGGCACAAAGCUGAAAAGUAUAAAUGAGUGCAAGAAGGUUCUUACUCAAAGAUGUACACAACACCCUUGUUUACAUUGAACUAACACACUCACUUGCUCUUCACUAAGUUUGGUAUAGAAACAGUGACCAAUUUGUCAAUUACAGAAAUUUGCUAGCUUAUUGAACCACAUCUGCUCUAUAAUUAUGUUAGUGAAGUUAUAUUGCAGACAAAGAACAUUUCACAUUUACACACGCCAAAACGUGCACUUAGCAUUCUUCUGUAGUAAUUCACUAGCAAAAGAUUACACUUUGAUGGUUCUUUUAAGCAAGUCUAUAAUGGGAAGCACCAUGUGCAACUGUGACUAGUUUUGAUGUAAAUAAGAUUCUUGACUCUUGCUUGUCACAGUACAGGUUGAGUGAAAUGUUAAUUACUUUAGGUUCCAGAAAUCAUCCAAAAGCUAUUAAUUGUUAAAGUUCUUGAGUUCUUACUUGUGAGCUAUCUAACUGCAA